CCCAAAUGAUUCCCUUUAUUUGUAGUCUUCUCCUCCCCAACCUAGCUACUCCUGUCAAAAAGAUCGUGCUGUCUCGUCGCCGAUCCAUCCAUACUCUCUCAUCGAUUUCUCCACGCCCCUCUCCUUUUUUUCCCCGAUGGAAAUAUGCUGCUAAAUGAUUAGCGCCCGGAAGAUCCAUUGUCCCAUGCCAUGCCAUAGUCCAUGCUCCAUGAUGGAGGAGGAGCUAAGCUAGCUGCCUCCGUCUCUCUCUCGGCUCACUCACAUGCGUCAUGUCAAUGUGUGCAUGCACCACCAAACAAAAACCUAAAGCUACCACCACCAAAGCCCCGAGACGAGGGGAUCGGAGGUGAGAUGAGAUGAGAUCUCUCUUCUUUAUAUAUAGCCUUAAAGCCCUUAAAACACUUCGUCUCGAAGUCACUGAGCUCCACCAAAGAAUCUACUAGUAGCUAGGAGCAGCAGGCGUACGCCACCCACAUACAGCAACAUGUGCUCCGGCUCCUCCUGGUCCUGGAGCAGCAGCAGCAGCAAGAAGCACCCGUCUCUUGUUGUCGUCAACCUCGAGCGGCAGCUGCGGAAGACGACGACGUCUCAUGUCUCAGUUGCCAUCAGGAGAAAGAGGCUGAGGCUGAGGAGGUUGAGGUUGAGAGCCGGAGCAGAGGCCAUGGAGAUGCUGAACCUGAAGCUCUACCUGGAGAACCGGUGCAUCCUCGCCGAGAACGAGAGGCUCCGGGAGAGGGCCACCGCGCUCCGCCGCGAGAACCUCGCGCUGCUGCAGAACCUGUCCAAGACGGCGGCCGUGCCAGAGGCAGGAGCAGGAGCUGCGUGAGAUUGCUUCCUCGGCUCUGCCUGCCUGCUGAAGAUGAAGUAGCUAGCUUGCGUCCCCUCUCGUUGGUGCAUGUGCUAGUUGUGUGGACACUGGACAGGACAGUGAACUCCUAGUUAUCAUCCAUCUGCUUGGCUGCUGCGCCAUGUCUGUGCUCAUAAAUCGCCAGGUUUCCUGGAGCUCUCUUGGUCUUGGGUGCUCUGUGCCAUGGUGUUUGUACAUUAUAAGUGCGCGGAUUAACUAGAUUUUGUUGGCAACUACUACUGACUCUUUUGGGUGAACUGGGCAAGGAAAUAAAAGCAGCUUUUUUUU